AUGCCACACGGCAGCCACGUCUCCCAGCCUCCUGUGGCGCCUCCACGUCCCCUGACUUCAUACGAGCGCGGGAGGGAUCUGUGCACCUUUGUGUCAACAGCAGCAUCCCAUGUCAUGCGCACCUUGCAGAGACCCUGCAGGAGCCGGCCCGGCAAGAGGAAAGUGAACCACCGGAGGUUCCUACAGAACCAGAUUUGCAGGAGUUUCUCAGACAUUGAGGCUGCUACUCGCCGCUUGGCCUCCUCCAUCCUUUCCCAGGAGGCUCAGACACUCCCUGCAGCAUCGCAGCAAACGAGUCCUCCCAAGCCCAACAACCCAGCCCCAGCCCGGGCACCUCCUGGCUCCUUUUUGGGCACAGCGGAAGCCUUUGUGGCUCCCGACCCAAGCCCCUGCUGGGCGCUCUCCCUUGACGCCCUGAUGUCAGGACCAGAGGAACUUUUUGAGCCCAUCAUUGAGGAGAUGGAACCGGCAAGCAACACCUUAUCUCUAUGUGGUCCCAAUCCCUUAGGGCCGUGCCUGCUGGAAUGUAAUAAUGUGCCGUCCAGCUUGCCGUCCCACAGAGAAGGUUCUGCAGCCUGUGGAGCUUGCCUAGUAGCUUCAGACAAGUGCUUUCCGGGGGCAUCUGAAUGCCCCAUCCCUGCCUCCAAUCCAGGGGCUCUGGUGGUUUCUGACUAUGACAACUGCAUGCCCUUCUGGGAGCUGGAAGCAUGGUGA